CCCUAAAACCCCAAUCUGUUAACUCACUGUGUUUCUCUCUCUGUAUCCAACACCAACAGUUUUCUCAACUCUGAACUAAUUGGAGAUGACUCGCGGCAUAAAACAUCAUAAGAAAGUCAAGAGCAAGAGCAAGGGCUUGAAGAAAGGGGAUGGGUCUUCUUCAUCUUUGGCGCCACAACUUCCAGUGAAGGUGUGGCAACCCGGUGUGGACAAGUUGGAGGAAGGUGAAGAGCUUCAGUGUGACCCUUCUGCUUACAACUCUCUUCAUGCCUUUCACAUUGGAUGGCCCUGUCUGAGCUUUGAUAUUGUACGUGACACUCUGGGCUUAGUUCGAACAGAAUUUCCCCACACAGUAUAUUUCGUGACAGGGACUCAGGCAGAGAAAGCUUCUUGGAAUUCUAUUGGAAUUUUCAAAGUAUCAAAUAUUUCUGGGAAGAGACGUGAGCUGGUGCCCGAAAUUGAAGCUGAUAACUCUGGAAUGGAUGGUGAGGAUAGUGAUAGUGAGGAUGAUAGUGAAGAUGAAGAUGGUGCUCGGGGUCCUACUUUGCAGUUGCGGAAGGUAACUCACGAAGGAUGUGUCAACCGUAUACGCUCCAUGACACAAAAUCCCCAUAUAUGUGCAGCUUGGGCAGAUACUGGUCAUGUACAGGUCUGGGACUUGAGCUCUCAUCUCAAUGCUCUAGCAGAGACAGAAACAGAAGGUGUCCAGGGAGUUGCUGCAGUUUUUAAUCAGGACCCACUAUAUAAAUAUAAGCACAAAGAUGAAGGCUAUGCUAUAGACUGGAGUCCUCUUACUCCUGGAAGGCUUGUAUCUGGGGAUUGCAAGAAUUGUAUUUAUCUGUGGGAGCCCACAUCUGCUGCAACAUGGAAUAUUGACAAUACUCCAUUUAUUGGACAUUCUGCUAGUGUUGAAGAUCUGCAAUGGAGCCCCACGGAACCUCAUGUUUUUGCUUCUUGUUCUGUGGAUGGAAGCAUUGCAAUAUGGGACACACGUUUGGGGAAGUCAGCAGCUGCAUCUUUUAAAGCACAUAACGCGGAUGUGAAUGUAAUAUCAUGGAACAGGUUGGCUAGUUGUAUGUUGGCCUCGGGGAGUGAUGAUGGGACUAUUUCUAUUCGUGAUCUCAGAUUGCUCAAGGAAGGAGAUUCUGUGGUAGCACAUUUUGAAUACCAUAAGCACCCAAUCACAUCCAUUGAGUGGAGUCCACAUGAAGCCUCUUCUUUGGCUGUUUCCUCGUCUGAUAAUCAACUUACAAUAUGGGACCUUUCUUUAGAAAAGGAUGAGGAAGAGGAAGCUGAAUUUAAAGCUAAAACCAAAGAGCAAGUAAAUACCCCAGAAAAUCUACCUCCCCAACUAUUGUUUAUUCACCAGGGACAGAAAGACCUGAAAGAACUGCAUUGGCACGCACAGAUUCCUGGAAUGAUUGUGUCUACAGCAGCAGAUGGAUUCAACAUGCUUAUGCCUUCAAAUAUUCAGACCACUCUGCCAUCAGAUGGUGCUUGAUACAUACAUGGCAUCAGUGUUCAGUUUUCGUAGGCAGAUAUUUCUUAUUGGUAUUGCUACCAAAGUUUGGAUAAGCUGCUUGCUCCUGGUGCAUACAUCCUGAAUCUACUCCUUUUGUUGAAGAAAUUUUCCUUUUUUCCUUUUUGUUUUUUGUUUUUUGUUUUUUUGUUCUUGGUUGUUUUCAUUUCUUUCUGCAAGUUUUGUCAUAUGAGUAGACGCUGUUGGGAGCUUGGCAGUAAUGUUAUUAUUAUAUUAUAUACAAUUGCAUGAAAUUUUUGGACCUUAAGGUCCAAUAUUUUGC